GUUUAGUCGUAGUUUUCUCAUUAACAACUGAUAACUUACCUUCACGAGCCUUUUGGCGUCGACAUUCUCCAGAUUAAGCUCUGCUUUCGGGGACUCUUUCGCUGAUGGUGACGAUUCAGUUUGUUCACGGUUUCGAUGUGGACCAGUGGUCUCAUCGUUUCAGCCCAAUCCUAUUUUGGGACUAAGUCAGCGCCUUGUUGUAGCCAGCUGCCAGGUUAAGGGCUGUGGCUGCAGUGCUUGAUAUAGCUCUUUCGGAGACACCAGUCACGGCCCGUGGAAAACAACAGCUGCGGCAGGGUCUAAAACAAGUUUCUGGAACUGGGACGCAUCCCGUGUGACUCGCAAGUUAUGCUCUCUCAAGGUGCACGGUUGCACUACUAGUUGCUCUCACCAUUCCUGCCAUUCGUCCUGCCUGCCUCACAGACGCUCUUCUUCCUUUGAGCACAAUAUACCAUGAAUCAUCAGCUUGAUCUGCAACGCAGGCAACAGAAUGGAAACUCUUCAGCUUCAGCUUCUGCGACAAUUUCAGGCUCGGCAUCCCUCGUAAAUGGGAGAGCUCAACCUGGAAUAAUCACUAUAACCAUGCCUCCAAUCCAAUCCGAAUCCUACUACAAAAUUGCCCCCAGCGAAUAUGUUACGUUUGGGUGGAACUUUUCGAGCCUCGUUGUGACACCCACCGCCCUCACUGUUGCAGCAGUAGGUGCAAACGGAAAUACAUAUCCCGUGGGCCCCACCGAUGGUGUCAUUCCCGGAACCGCUCAGAGCGUGGUGUGGUAUCCAUAUGGCUACCAGACUGCAAACCCUAGCCUUCCACUGGCUCAGGAAAGCUACACGCUUCAUAUUUGGGCCCAGGGUGGCCCUAGCGCAUUCCCCUCCCCUGGUUACCUGGAGCCAAACAGCGAGCUUGAGUUCGCUAUGUAUACGCCACAGGCAUACACACCUUUGACUAGUGGUAAGUCUGCGUUCGUUCAUGCUCGUCGUCGAUCUUAUCUUUGAAUGCACUUAGGGUGGCAAUGUGCCGGAUGCUCAGGAGCGUUACCCCCAGCUUAAAAUAAACUCUGCUCUUCCUGGUGUUGUUGCGAUGAUUAUUAUAAUGCUGCUCUCUGGGUUCACCACCCUUCGCCGCGUUUGGGACUGAUCUUAGUUGAUCUAUGAUUCCCUAGGUCUGGUUUCUGGGAGGUUGUAGAGGAUGGUGGCAUUUGAUUGACAUUUAAUGGAUUAUUAUGGUUUGUAAUUGGACUGGACAUUUACAUCACACGUAGACUUACUUCAUGCACAUCGUUAUGGCACGAUAUAUACCGACAGGUAAUGAUGUCGCACUUAGGUUAGUAUCAGAACUCUGCUGAUGUCGUUUUACACAGUACCUACUGUCAUUGAUUGAAACCUACUUUACUUGUGCAACUUGGACACUAAUGGCAUGGCCAUGUACUACUUGGCCUGUCGCCCUA